AUGGCGGCCGUCAAUCAGAAUAUGUUUGAUGCUAGCAUCACCAUCGAUCGCCCCCGUGGCGCAUCGUUGAUGGUGCUGCCGCUGAAUCUGAUUGCCCAGAUCGUCACAAAUGUCGAAGAUACAGGCGACCUCGCCCGGUUAUGUCGAACAUGUCGCGUUCUCAACUACAUGGCCCUGCCACAGCUCUAUCGAAGUCUGACGCUUACCUCGUACGACAAGAUCCGUUAUCGCGAUGACCAGCCUGAAGGAAUCGGGAGUGCGAGCCCGUUCACCAUGGGACUCAACGCAGUAAUAACCCGACCGUUCGCGUCGCUAGUGCAGUCAAUUACCUUGCGCGGUGACUGGAAGGAACCUGAUUUAGAAGAAUAUGCUCAGGUCGGCCGUGUGCCGGACUCGUCGAUGUUGCUGAAUAUUGCGGUGCGGGCGGCGAUAGAUCGCACGACGAGUUUGGAGAGCUUCAGCUGGGAGCUCAAUACCAAAAUGCUUGAUACUGUCUACGCGGGCCUAAUACAACUGCCUCGACUCCAUUCCUUAACAAUACGAUUUCCCUCCACCCGCCAUCCACAACCUACGCAUGUGCUUCCGCCCAUGCCACAUCUCCGCUCGCUCAAAAUCACCGACAUCGACCCUCUUUGCUAUCCGGAUGAUAUCGCGACCAUUCUCUGGAAGAGCAAGAAAUUACGCGAACUUAGGCUUCAUUGGUCACCCCGUAUGCGCAUUGCGCAAGAACCGAGUAUUUCUCUGCACAAUUAUUUUCGGAAAUGCAUCGCGGCAAAACAACCGCUUGCUGUUAAAAAGCUAUCUUUCCAAAACUUGUAUGCCUUCCACAGCGAGGAAUUCAACCUUGCAUUUGACCCGACAACCGUGGAAGACGUCACAUUCCUGAGCGGGACGGAUAAUACCGGCUUGAUGAAUACGUUUGUGGAGCAAAGCUGGCCGACGGUGCCGCCGCAUAAAAAGUUGAAGAUUAAGUCGAUCCGCAUGGACGCGAUCUCAAAACGAAAUUCAGAGUUUCUAGGAAAUUUCAGAGGACUCGAGCGAAUGUACUUUGUUAACGUUACUUCUGAAAACCCGGACUGCCUCAACUCGCCUCGUCUGACAAGUGCACCCGCGGCAUCGGCGCUCACCCCUCCCGUGUCCGAGAAUCCUCAUGGUACAAAUGGCACAACAGCCAACUCUCCCGCCAACCUCGCUUCUCCAGCCAGCCAGCUCAACCUAGCGUUUGGUGGACGGGAUAGCUACUUGUCGGGUAUUACAAUGAACCAUGGCGCAUCACUGCGCCAUCUUCUACUCUGCUCGAAGUGGCCUCUCUCCACGGCCAUAGUUGCACGUCUUGUUCAUAGCUGCCCGAAUUUGGAGCAGUUGGGACUAGCAACGGACUUCUCAAGCAUGGAUUCUCUUGGAAUGCUAGUUCCUUUCCUCCGGAAACUGGUAGCACUUCGACUUCUGAUCCCUGCCGGGUCACCAGCGCCUCAGAAUGGUCCACCUCGGGGAUCUCAUAAUAGUCCGAUAGACCCUGGAGAGAACCCGUUCUGGAAAGCCAAGAAUUUCCAUGCCAAAGCCUUUUCCCCCUCCGCGAAAUGUGUCAAAUUUGCCCCGGCAAUCGAGGAUCACAUCAAUAAUGCACGCAGUCUGGCAGAUAUUGUGGACUUAGAUGACGAAACUUUGAUGGAGAUGAUGAGUUAUGACUUGGCCGACAAGCAGAUUUUCGGUAACGUCAAGAUUAUUGGGAUGGGCUGGAAAGUCUUCCAGCUGGGAGACUUUUACAAGGCCCCGGUCCCUACGUAUUAUGAAGAUUCCGAAACCCCUAUCGCCGGGUCACCAGAUGAGAGCCUCCACAAUGGCAAUCGUCCCACUGGAGGCACACCAGACCAAUCGGCCUCAGCUACAAAAUCCAUAUAUCCUGCCCUCCAUUCUGAGGCUGACCCUACACGCGCAUCUCACAAUUUUGCUGCACCGUCUUUCCCAACUAGGGCUCACCCGCCUUCAUCCUUAGGGAAACGCACAAGAAGCGAUGAAGAUAAUGGAUAUGCGGACGCACCGUCAUCACGACAUCCAUCCGAAUUUCGAGAACCUCCAUCACGAGUACAGUCAUGCCAGACCGCACCUACCGUAACCGAAGACGGCCAAAUAUGGAGACGCCGUAUGAAACGAGUAGGCUGGGAUGUGGUCAAAAAUUGGGAGAUCUGGGCGCUAGACGCACAAGAGAUCUGA